GGUCAUCGUGAGAGGAUGAAGGAUUAUAUGGAUUGGUAUUGUAGCAUCACGAGACUCCUCAUUACUCCUGUUACACGAUCACCCCCCACCACUCAUUAUCAGUCGUCUUCCUCUGAUAUUAUUUUGUCACAUGCAUUGGCUGAUCUUGCCUCAAGAUGCACUCGAGCUGUGGAUUCUGCGUUAGAGUUACCUCCCAGUUUGGCCCUUCCUCUCACUCUUGAUACGUUACGCAAUUUGAGUUCCUCUUGCAUUGAGACCUUAUCAAGAGUGGGGCAAGAACAUAUCCUCCAACAAUAUGAUUUAGCCUCGUCUCAGUGUACACCCGACACCUCCACCUCACAUGUUUCUCGAGGGCGUGGUUUUCGACCACCACGUGCACGCCCUCCACCACUUACUCCUCCUCUACGCCCUCCAGCACUUACUUCUCCACGCCCUCCACCACCACCUUCUCCACGCCCUCCACCUCUUACUCCUCCUGCAUAUCCGCCAGCAUCACAAGUUAUUUCAUCUCCUCCUUUGCAGCUUCUCACUUACCGGCGACAAAAGGAUUGCUCUCCUAGUCAACGUCCCGAGCCAAUUGCCGAGGAGGAUGAGUCCUCAUUUUCAUCGUCCGAGCAUGCAAAGAAACAACGUAUAACUUAG